AUGUCGGCAAAAGUGCCCAAGCGUUCAAUCAAGGAGUACCUGAUGUUCUUUAGGCACUGCACCAAAAGGUCUGCUGCUCAAUGGCAGGUGGUGCUCAAAAGAACUUAUCCCUGGUUUCAGCCUAGAUACCGAAUGUUUAAAAGAGAGCCAGAAGAGGAAUCUGCCAGAACAGACUUCAGGAAGAAAUUCCUGAGUGUUACCAUGCCGAGAGAUUUGCCUCAUGGAGGUGGAAAGCCUCCAAAUUAUCAUUUGGGGGCAGAAGUCUAUCAUCCCAACUUCUGCGCAAGACAACUUGGUUGUCCUCAGCUCAUUCUGCUCAAAUCCUACAGGAGCUGCCAGCCUGGGAACCGAAUUCCUGCAGUUCCACCUAGUUUGACGCUUGGUGGAAAGCUAGAUUCCAAGGCCUGGCUGCCUCCAGCAUUGCACUGA